AUGUCCAUGUCCUUCAUGAGGACCGAAGCCGACCCAGUCGAGCCAAUUAAAACAACCAACGAGCUUCAGGCUGAAGCCAAGCAGAAAAAGAUCCAGGAGGAGAUCGACGCCGGCAUGAGGGAGCCGGUAACAGGAAUGGUCUAUGGUCUGUAUGACCCCAAGAAUCCUGACGCUGCGCCUACCGUAUCUAGUAAACUAAUGCCGAUGUUUGGAGACGGAGGGGCGAGCUGGCGAGCCAAGAUGUUGAAACGAGCGGAGGAUAAGGCACGAGCCUCUGGCGUCGCAUUGGAGGAGGUUGUAGGCGAGAGAUUUGGGUCAGUUAAUGCACUGAAGGAGCGUGCGAGAGGCUCAGCUAGAGAGAAUGCCCAUUUACAGUACAGAAGACAUGGGAUUGACGACGAGGAGAGGGAGACUGGGCGGAAGCGACGGACGUUGGAGAUCGGACGUGAUGCCAAGGAUAAAACGUUGCUGUCGAAGUAUUCGAAGAGAGUGCAGCGGUCGGUGACGCAACAUGUGGAGGCAGACAGCAGACGAGAAGGAGACCGAGGGCAUCCGCACCGUCGAGACAACCAAGAGGAGGACGAAGAACCGAUCGACUACGACAAAUUACCUGAUUUUGAAGAACUCGAUGAAGCUAAAGUCGCGGCGGACAAGCUUGAAGCGGAGAAACGCAAUGCAUUCCUCUACGGCAGCCAGAAGCCUACCGCUCCCAUGGUAGCAGAUACGAUGCCUUUGAAUGGUCCAGAACAGACUACCGGGGCUGGUAAAUUGGAUGAUAAAGCCGAGCUCAACAAGCUGGCAGCUAAGGCCUUGCGGGCUCAGAUGAUGGGCAAGACGACGCUAUUCCGCAAGUUGACGGAGCAGCUCAACGAGUUGGAAGCCAAACUGGAGCGUGAGAAGACUGCUGCUGCCGUGCCACACUACGACGCGAUCACUGGUGCCUUGCCACCAUUAGAGCAAGAAGACAUGCGCUACGGGUCCCGGAAGGGCAAAAAGAAAAAUGCAGACCUUACGGAUAUCAGUGGCCCAGAACUGGCAGCGUCACUAGAAGAACUUGUGCGUGAAGAACGGAUGACAAGUACAAAGAUUGGCCAAGGUAAUAUGGACUCUAUCCACGCACGGAAUAUACUUCGACUGGGGUCGCGCUACAAGGGGACAGAAGUGAACGCCCAGAACCUCUCGAGCGGCUUUGACGAAGAAGAUCAAGUGGACACGAAGAUGCUGCAAGAGCCUGGUUCGAACCUCACACGAAGGGCUCAAUCCCAGCGCGGACACGCCAUCGCCAUCAAUGACAGUAAGCGAUGGGAUGAGCGAACGCAGAAGUGUCAGUUGUGUAUGAAGAGCGCCGCCUUCAAGAAGCACUUGAUGCUGUCUCUAGGCGAAUUUACCUAUCUAGCCAUGCCCAACCGCCCUCGCUUGCAUCCUGGACACUGCGUGAUUGUUCCAAUCGAACAUUCGUGCUCUGCUGUUCAAGCGGAUGAACAAGUAGGCGAAGAGAUCUCACGUUUCCAGAGUGCACUUACGGCUAUGUGCGACAAGCAGUACGGUAUGAGUAUGGUCUUUAUUGAGCAGACGAGUGCUCCUCAUCGCAAGCGACAUACUUUGAUCGAGUGUAUCCCUGUGGACUCCGAGUUGGCGCUGGACACGCCGUUGUACUUUAAACAAGAGCUGAUGCAGGCAGAUGGGGAGUGGAGCACACACAAGCCGAUUAUUGACACUAGCAGAGCGGGGAUUAAGAGUCACAUUCCACCCACGUUCCCGUACUUUCACAUCCAGUGGCGUACGCCAGAAGGACGAGGAGGAUAUGCCCAUGUGAUCGAGGAUGAAGGCACAUUCCCGCGUGAUUUCGGCGUGAAUGUUGUGGCUGGCAUGCUUGACGUGACGCCUCCCAAGUAUGGACGACGUGAAGGUAAUCGUCGCUCGGUUGAGGAUGAAAAGCGCGAUGUGCUGGCGUUUCUGGAGAACUGGGAGGCGUUCGACUGGACCCAAGCGCUUGAUGGCGGAGAAAUCACACCGCAGACCUGA